AUGUCCCCCGUCCCCUCCCCGUCCUCCUCCUCGUCUACGCAGCCCAUCCCCCGCGAUGACUCUCCGAUCGCCAUCGGCCAGCAUGUGCGUUUCGACGCCGACUGCGUGCUUAUCCCCGACCCAAGCCCGGUCUCGCGCAUGCCCCGCCUUGUGACCAAGUCUUAUUCCGUUCCGCUCUGGAGGAAGCGCGGCCAGGAUCCGUCGUCCGUGUCAGACUCCGAGCUCGAUCGCGAGGACGAGCAUGUCGUGCUGAAGGUCUCCGUGCCCAGCAUCGCAAUCAAGUCACGCUCACCAUCAAGGUCGGAGGCAGCUCAGCAGCCGCUGGUGCCGUGCAUAGUAUACCACGAUCAUGAUUGCCACCCGGUUUGCGCGAGAGGACACCGUCGGCAGGCGUCGUUGCCCUCUACUCCGCGAUUGGAUGUUGUCACUGUCCCUCUACGCCCCUGCUGUCCGAAUUGCUACCACAUCACUGAAGAGUGUCUCCGCGAGGGCUCAGCAUGGGAGGAAAAGUUCACGCGUGGUGCGCGGCGCUUGCGGGCGUCAAGUGCCGACGCUCGUCCUGCGCAUUCUAGCCAGACGUUGUUCGACACGAUACCGGGCUUCGACUCGAUCAUAGCUGUGGAUGAGGUGGACAAGCGUCGUAGAGCUCGCGUUAAUGAGAAAUCGCUCUCCACGUCAAUACCCGAGUUCGAUCUGCACAGCGACGACGAGGAACUUCUGCUUCCCUCAUUAGCACACAGGGCCGCGACUAUGCGACGCGCUCUCGGUAAAUCACGUCGCAGCGCAAGGUUGGACCAUACAGCUGAGCUGAAAUUGGCUGCCACGAGAGCCCAGGCAAGCACCGUAUUCUCGCCAGUCACGCCGCCUGAUUCUCCUCUAUAUGGUGAAGGCCACCACGCGCUUCACCUCGAGAUGGGCGAGAGUCCGCCCCUUGAUCUGCCGCUUCAUGAUCCGAGGGAGGAUCAGAAACUACCACCGCCACCGCCACCAAUCCUCCCCUCUUACUCCAACUGUACGAACGGUUCGAUGCCAAAUCUCCUCUCAAAUACCCUUCCUCGCUCUAGAUCCUCGACUCCGAGCGUGUCACCGAUACCUGGCGCUAUAUUCCCUCACUUUUCAUCUAUAUCGACACCUGUGCACAUGCACCUGCUUGGGCGCCCUUCGCUGGACCACAUGCACACCGGAUCGGUGGGCAGGCGGCGGCCACAUCUACACCUGCCGGGCCCGGGGUCGUUUUUCAAGGUCUCUGCGGAAAUUCUGAAGGGCGUCAGCAUGAGCGGGGGCGCACCGCUCUCGGUGUGA